AAGUUUUCUUUAAUCGCCUGAAAAGCCCAUGUACUCUGUGACACCCAUCCAUCUCCAUGAUGUUCUGUGGCGAUGUCUGUGGUGUGGAAACAGGCUUAUGUGGGGGGCUUCUGUGGCUGUGAGCUCUAGCUGCUGAGCGGUGACAUGUUAGUCCCUGGCUCUGCCCGACACCAUUGAUUUACUGUCAGGCCACGAAGGAGGUGAAGAAGGAGAAGCCACGGCCCCGGUGAGCUCACGCUGAGCUGCCUCCUCCUCCUCCUCCUCCACUUCCUCCUCCUCCAACACACACACAGUGUGUUCUCCUCCAGUCUCUUUAGCUACAGGCUGUUGGAAAACCCACAUGGCUCAUGUUUUGUGUGUGUGUGUGUGUGUCUGUCUGUGUUUGUUGUCCAUGUUUGUUUCAUUCUCUGUCUCACCCCUCCCCACUUUUCUGGUCAGAUGGUCUGAAAUCCACAGGAAGAUGGACACGGUUGCGGAGAUAUGAGACAACUGAGGCUAGUGGCAGUUCCUCUUUCAACAUAGAUGCAGCUGUGAGGUGACGUCCAUCUUGAAAAAACGACCUGAGAAAGACAUCAGCAUGUCCGCUCAAGAGGGGGCGGAGAAGAACGGGAGCGGGAGUGGGAACGGCAGCGGCAGCGGGAGCGGGAGCGGGAGUGGGAACGGGAGUGGGAGCGGGAGCGGGAGCCAACCAGACAGCCGCCUGAAGAGCAAGAAACCUCCGAGCCUGACCAUCUCCAUCCCUCCAUCCCAGGAAGAGUGUGAAGCAGACUCCACUAAACCGCCCUUGCGGUCCUCGCUGAAGAAGAGUGUGACCAUGCAGCAAUCGAGCGAGGCGUUGUCCGAUGGCGGCCCCUCCGCCGACUCCAGGAGAGCCGAGUUCCGCCGACAGACGUCCCUCUCGCAGAGCAUCCGCCAGGGCACCGCACAGUGGUUUGGCGUGGGCAGCGACUUCGAGACCAAGCAGCAGGUGUGGCACCGCAAGAGCCUACGCCACUGCAGCCAGCGCUACGGCAAGCUGAAGCCACAGCCCGGCGACACCGACACCAGCAGCAUGGAGAGGCUGGAGUCGCCCGCCACCUUCAAGAUGCCAAAGAUUGUGGACCCCCUGGCCCGCGGCCGUGCCUUCCGUAACCCCGAUGAGACGGAUCGGCCGCCCCGGACGCCGCACACCCCCCGCAUCACCUCCUUCAGCUCCUUCUCCAGCCAGCGCUCCGGCUACAGCCGCCUGCCGCACCGCAAGAGGGAGUCCGUCGCCCGCAUGAGCAUACGCGCCGCCUCCAACCUCAUCAAGGGUCGGCAGGGGCAGGGCUCACUGGCCGGACGUGGUUAUCCCCGCCGUAGCUUCCCCCGGCCCAGCUGGAUGGAGGAGGACACCGUGGACACGGCCGACACCUCCGACUCCGUGUUCUUCAGCAAGAUGGAUGCCCGAGACGAGAUGUACUCCAUGGCUGACGACGUGUUCGAGUCGCCCCCCCUCUCAGCCGCUUACGGCCCCGGAGACAUGUCCUUCGGUGAAGGCGCUCCUUUCCACAGCCUUAGGGACAUCAGUAAGACCCCCCUCCCCUGCGACGGGCCCCAGCAGCGCAGAGGGCACCGCAUCGCCUCCCAGGUCAAGCACUUCGCCUUCGACAAGCACAAGCGACUCUACGGCAUGGGCGUGGUGGGCAAGUGGCUGAACCGCAACUACCGCCGCAGCCUCAGCAGCACCGUGCAGAAGCAGCUGGAGGACGUCCACAGCCACCGGCCUUACUUCACGUACUGGAUCACGUUCGUCCACAUCGUCAUCACCCUCCUGUCCAUCUGCACUUACGGCUUCGCCCCCGUCGGCUUCUCCCAGCGCUCCACCACUGACCUGGUGCUGAGACACAAAGGGAUUUACGAGAGUGUGAAGUACGUCCAGCAAGAGAACUUUUGGCUCGGGCCCGGCUCAGACGAUCUCAUCCACCUCGGGGCCAAGUUCUCUCCUUGCAUCAGACAGGACUCCCAGAUUUGGUCGCUCAUCCAGAAAGCCACAGCCCUAGAGAAAGAGACGGGCUGCUGCGUCCAGAACGACAACUCGGGCUGUGUGCAGACACUUAAUGAACACUGCUCAGAAACACUUGGCACUUUUAUAAAAUGGGCAAAUGAAGAUGUAGACAUCAUUAGGUCAUCUGGCGCUGUGUGUAACCAGGACCCCAGGAUCUGUGAAGAGCCUGCCUCCAUACUACCGCACAUUUGGGCUGAUAACAUCACUCAGUGGCCGGUGAGUGAUGCCGUUUUCAUCCAAUGAGAAGAACUGUAGUUAGGCUUGCAGCUGCGGCAAUUAACGACAGUUGCUUCAAAUAUGUUGAACCAGAAAUGGAGAGUAGGCUCAGAACUGAACGACAUUGAAGCAGAAGUCUUGCAGUGCAAAAAAACAAGGAAGUCAUGUGAGAUAUUUUUGGAUUGUUAAAUGGAGAACAUGGAAAGUAAGUAACUAGGAAGUCUAGUCAAGAAAUGGUGUGACUGUCUGACAGUCUUCCUUUUCACGUGACAGAAGUAGUUCUAACUAUUUACUGUUUUUUCCUCUCAUGUGAUUUUGUGUAUCUGUGGGUUUCUACAUCCUGUGUAAAAUAGUUUUAGCCUCAAGUUUAAUAGCUUAGCAUUCUGUUAUUCCUGUGCAUAAAGGGCGUUCUCGUUUUUGCUUGUGUCCGACAUUGGG